AUGCUAUCCUUAUUUUUCUUAUUUUCCUUCCUAAUUACCCCAAUUAACUCUCUGAAUAUUCUUGUCUACUCGCCCGCAUUCGCAGCGAGUCACAGUAAUUUUUUGGGGAAAUUGGCGGAUACUUUGACGGAAAGAGGGCAUAAUGUGACAUACCUGAUGCCAGUGAUGGAGAUUGGAAAACGAGAUGAAUGCAUUGGAGUGAAGCUCACGAAGGAUUUGGUUAUUGUGGAGGCCGGUGAAGAAAUGCUUGCCCAAAAGACGUCAGGCACCUCGAGUGAUGAAGUCAUGGAAGUUUUCUGGAAAUCUGAAAUGGAUUCGACUAAUUCUAGAGAUAUGUUCAAAUGGUUCAGUUCGGACAUGAAGAUGGGCUGCAGGAAUUUCCAUUCUCGACGGGAUAUUUUUGAUCAAAUGAAAUCUCGAAACUUUGACGUGGCAAUUCUCGAACCGAUAUCUGUUUGUGGAUUAGGAUUUGUGAAGGCAUUGGGAAUUGAGAAGAUCAUAUUAGCGUCCUCGUGCACAUUUUUCGAUUCAGUGUUGAAUUAUAUCGGGGAGCCAUUGGAUUUCAGUUAUGUUCCAUCGUUAUACAGUGUGACUGGAGAGGUGAUGAGUAUGGCGGAGAGAUAUGAGAAUUGGAUGGUCACUAAGGAAAUCAACAUAGCUAUCGAAGACAUGUACGAUGAUGAGAUGAAGUCUUACCAUGAAUUUCUGGGAGAAGACGUUCCCGAUUGGCGUGAUCUACUUUCAACUGCCUCCAUAUUCUUUGUGAAUUCAAAUCCAUUCCUCGACUUCCCUCGACAAGUCAUUCAGAAAACAGUACCGAUCGGUGGCAUUUCGGUGAAUAUUGAUUGGAUUAGAGAGCAGAAAUUGUCAAGUGAUUGGGUGGAGAUUUUAGAGAAACGAGAGAAAAAUGUAUUGAUUUCAUUUGGCAGUAUGGUCAAGUCGACUCAUAUGCCCAAGAUAUGGAGAAACGGUCUCCUCGAAGCAAUCCAGUCAAUGCCCAAUGUAACUUUCAUCUGGAAAUACGAAUCCGACGACACCUCUUUCGCCAGUCAUCUUCAAAACCUCCAUUUUUCGAAAUGGGUUCCCCAAACGGCCCUUCUGAAUGACGUUCGUCUAAACGCGUUCCUCUCUCACGGAGGUCUCGGAAGUACGAUGGAAUUGGCGUACAGUGGAAAACCGGCUGUCAUGAUUCCAGUGUUCGCAGAUCAAACUAGAAAUGCCAGAAUGUUGGAAAGACAUGGAGGAAUUAUUUAUAUGCAUAAGAACUCUAUGGAGGAUGCGGACAGGAUGAAAAAGGCAUUUGAGGAUAUUUUGUACAAUGAGAAUUAUAAGAAGAACGCGUUGAAGCUGGCGGAUAUUUUGACGAAUCAACCGUAUAGUCCAAAGGAGAAUGUGAUCAAGUAUACGGAGUUUGUCGGGGAGUAA